AUUUUAAUAAGGCUUAGUGUUUUUUGUAUAGCUUCAUACUGAUCUAUAAACUCGCAAUAUGGCUGCGUCUACGAGCAAAGAAGAUGAUUUUGCGAAGUAUAUGGCAGAAGUAAAACAAAUCGAGAAAGCCGACGCAGUUUUGACGUCCGAGCAGCAAGUCACAAGGCUUAAUAGGCCUGGCUCGAAAUACUUUAACUUAAAUCCAUUUGAUGUUUUACAAAUUAUGCCCGAUACACCAAUGGAUGAAGUGAAAAAGAAGUAUAGGAAGCUCUCAAUUCUGGUGCAUCCUGAUAAGAAUCCCGGGAAUCAGGAAAACGCACAAAAAGCGUUUGACGCCGUUAAAAAGUCAUGGGAACUUUUGAACAAUGAGAAAGAACGAACGGAAUGUAUGGGGAUAGUGGAAGAUGCGAAAAAUCGGCUAGAAGGAAAACUAAAACUGAAGAGGAAAAAGUUGAAAAAGGAUGGGGCUAGUAGCACCGAGAUUGCGGAAGAUGACUCUGUUGUUUAUGCCAUGGAACUGCACAAAGAAACAUGCAAACUAUUUGCUGAUCUUGCGCUUGUAAGAAAAGAAAUGGAAAUGCGUGAAAUGAAUGAAAGAAAACGGCAAAGACAGCAAGAAAUUGAGGCAGAAGAGAAACAAAGCCUUCAGAAGGAAUGGAAUAAAAACUAUGAAGAAAGCAGGGAAGGAAGAGUAAGCAGUUGGCAGGACUUCAAAGGCGGUAAAAAGUCUGGUAAAAAAAGAAAAGCUGCUAAAACUGUGGCUGGUUUUAGGCCCCCCAAAGUUAGAAUGGAACAACGGUGAUAAACGAACACAAUGGUCAUACUUAAUGAAAGUUUUGCUUUGACAAAGCUGUAAAAUUCUCAUGAGUUAUUGUUUUGAAUGACUCAUAGGAUUUUGCAAUCUAUUCUAUAGUUCCAUGAACGUUUAAUGGUUUAUUUAAAGAAUAAUUGCCACUAAUAAGUAAUAACAUUAUUUUACAUACUGGGUAUGUAUGUAUGUAUGUUAUAUUUCUCUAAAAAUUAUUUUGAUUUACCUAAAUUAAUACUUGAUUGGGUGACAUUUUUAUUGCACUCUAUUGUGAAGCCUACACAGCAAAAUUGCUAAUAAUGGAUAUGACUCAUUAUGUUUACAGCAGGAUCAUACUCGCUUAAACCUUCAGCAAAUUUAUACUUUAUUAGGAGCUGGUUUCAAUGAAACAUUUUUUUCUGUUUAUGGCAUGUCUGAAACAGGUCUAAAUGUUAAUAAGAAUCUUUUUUUUAUUUUAUUUUAGAUAAUUGUUUAGGGUUUCCUUACCCCUUUUUUUCUUGAUCAAAAUUAUGAGUGAUAGCAGUAGAAAAUACGGUAGCAUGAGCGAACCACCUGCACCAGAGUAUGCAGAGAAUGAUCCAAGCGAACCCGCACCUCCAACUUAUACAGAAACACAGAAUGAAGCGCCUCCCCCGACAUAUGAGUCUUUAUAUGGACAGAUUGAAGAGGCACGCAGAAGCUCAACCACAAGGGGCGGAUUCCUGAAAAGUGUCUGCAAGAUUUUGUUCAGUACUGUUGGCUUUAUUGUUUUGCUUGGUAUAUUUCUCUCUGUUCCAAUUUCAAUGAUAGUGGUUGGUGCGAUUAAUUUGCAAAACUGUCCGCUGGAACGUUUUAUUCCAAUCUGGCUAAUUGUUGGUGGAUCAGUUGGUGCUCUCAUGCAAAUAACAUCCAUGUUUGAAAGAAUUCAAAAAUAUAGAAACCCCGAACGGGAGGAUGAACAGGCACAGAAAUAUUCUGGAAGUUGCUUAGGUUGUUUUAAUCUGGCCUGGUUUAUAGCUGGAAAUGUUUGGGUGUACAGAAACAUUCAUCCCAAUACCAAUCCACUAAUUCAACCAUACUGUGAUUACACAACAUACUACUUCUCCUUCUGGCUUAUUACAGUGGUUUAUAUAUUGGUUGGCCUUGCCUGCUGCUGUUCCUGUUGUGUGGCAAUGUGCGGGGCAUCAGGGAAACCACAGAAUGAUGAGGUUUAAAGAAUGUUAUGCACAAGAAGAUGAAAGCUUUAUUCUGUAUUGUAGGUCCUUGCAUUUCUUUCUACAUUGCACCCUUUUGUUUAUUCCAGAUGUUCCCAUACAUAACAUAACUAGAUCAGGAUUCACUCUUUCAUUUCAUACUUCCAUAGCUUGUAACAUAAUAUUGUCUAUUUAAAAUCAAUUCAAACAUGAAAGCCUAGGCUUUGUUUAUUUUGUUACUAAGCCUUAUUUUCUAUUUUGACUAUUACGGUUGACUUCAGAUUUUGAACUUCCUAUUCUGAUAGCUCUAUUUAACCAUUUGCACCUUAUACCUUUAGUACAGCUAAGGUCCAGCUCUGUAUGUACUGCAUUGAUAUUUUGACUGAACCUUAUCUCGUGUUCCACAGGUCACAACACAUACCAAUCUAACUAAAGCUUAUGCACUUGUUGCAGGCAUAAAGUGAUUUUCAUAAACUAGCAUCCGUAGCAUGUCAUCUGUAACCCAAGUGCCAUUUACGCUGUAGUAAAUAAUCUUGUAAUUAAUUAAUAAUGUAGUAUAAUAUAUAUUUAUAUUUAUGUUACUAAAGGCUCACUGUACAUACAUUAUUUCCUUAUACCAAUUUAGCCUAGUGCUAUUUAAAAUAUUGAAUAAGUGUGCUAUUUCACCAUUACUUCUACUUCAUAAGUGUAUUUGGUCAGUGCUUCUCAACCCAUUAGUGGUCAGUUAAUUAGUUUGGGUCUCCCUUUAGUAGUUUUUAUUGUUAACCUUAAACUUUUAUUGUUAACCUUAAACUUUUUAUUACAAAUUGUAAUAGUUUAAAAAUUAGGUUUGCUACUAAUUCAAGCCUAACAUCUGGUUUGUUGCAAAAAAGGUUGAGAAGCACUGAAUUAUAUGACACUCAAGGACACAUUUCAUUUUGUUACGAAUUGGCUGCAUUGUUUUUUUAAUUUUCUGAAUUCUUAGCCAGCUUUUUUUUCCUUUUUCACCUUCAAUACUCAAGUCUUCAUGCUUUUUCUUCAAGAGAUUUCAAACUUUGAGUGCAGCUUACAUUCCAUUGGCAUUGUAUUUAAUAUAUUUAAACUGUAAUCAUUGUAUAUUAUAUAAUUUUUCUCAAUGUAAUCUAGAAUGAAAUGA